CAGUGGUGUAAAUAUGUCUUGGACUUGUUUUUCCUGAUCGUGUCAAGUUUUCUUACUGACCUUUUUAAAUGAACUUAUGCUCUUUCUCUUAGUUUUAAGAAAUAAUUUUUUAUUAAUAACUAUUUAUAAAAUUAAAAUCAGCAAUGAAAGCUGGGAAAACUUUGCCUAACAAUUCUGCUCAUGGGGAUAUGGGGCCCCCAAGAGUUGCCCAAACACAAUUAUGUAUGAAAGUGUUUGUACAAAGGGACUAUAGUGAUGGGACUACUGUCAAAUUUCAAAACUUUUUUCCUCCAGAACUUGAAGGGAAGUUGGAGAGAGCAUUAUUUGAAAAUACAAUUGGCCAACUUAAUGCAUAUUUCCGGGAAGCUGAGAAGGGGACAUGUAGUACAUAUUGUGAAGGGUGUAUGGCUUGUUUGACUGCUUACCUCAUGUAUAUUUGUGCUCAAACACACUAUGAAAAGUGUCUUAGGAAAGUUGCCAAAUUUGUUCAGGAACAAAAUGAACGGGUAUAUAAACCUAAAGGACUGUAUUUAACUAAUCCUGUUGAAAGGGGUUUAAGAGUGAUAGAAAUAUCAAUCCUUGACCAGCCAGUUGUUUCACGGACGUGACUUUCUCUAUCCGAGUCAACUGAAGAGUUUUUCAUGUGAACGUGUUACAUAUUUACUGGCCAGAAUUAAACUUCCAAGGUAUGAGGUGGCAUCCCCCUGGGCCAAAGCUGCUUCCAAGUCAUUCAUUUCCUUCCAUCGCUCAUCUUUCUUACUUUUUCCAUCCAUUGUUAAUCCUUUCUAUAGUAAUAUUAGUAUUUCAUCAUAACUAUUAACUUUUAAGUAAUUUUAGUUCUCUCGUUUCCUCUCCGUCUCUCUUUUAUUUUUAUAUAUUUUAAGUGUGAUUUAGGGAUAAUUGGAGAAAAAAUGGAAUAACUUAAUACAAAAUAAAAUCAAGGCUUCCUUUAUUUAAUUUAUUUAUUUAUUUCUUAUUUGAGAAACUCUAGAUGUAACAGCAGCCAGUUGAUUCGGAUUAAUUUAUAAAAAUUUAUUUUAUGUGAUUUGUUGAAUUGAAUAUAAAACCCGAUAUAAAAGGGAGGUGAUAUAACUUUAAUGAAAUAUGCUGUAAAUAAUAAAUAUAUGAUUUUAUUUAUAUACUUAUAGUAUAAUUGUUGAUACUAUGUUGUUCUAUAUUUGACUUAGUUGUUACAUGUUGUUAAUGUCUACGAGAUAAGAUUUAUUGUAUUAAUUUUUUUUCUUUAUUUUGUUAUAAUUUUUUUAAUCUUCUCUAGCCAUGCAUCGCUGUCCUUGAUCAUCAUCAUUGAUUCAUUUCUUCAUCCAAACUUAUUCUUGUUAGUAUAAUAUCAGGGGGUGAUAAGCAGAAAAUGUUGUGGUUGUAACUUUUUGAUAUAAUUUAUUAAUAAUAUUUUUAUGUUGAUGAUUCCAUGUAUAUAUUAUAAUAUAUAUAUUUUGUAGCAA